AUGGCGCCCCAAAUCCCCAAGACGGCAAGACCCCAACCAACCGCUCCACACCGUCCGAUUCAACCACCACCCGACGCCACGCCGGCGGGGCGCCCGCCGUGUCGCGGUCGGCGCGGUCGGCGUCCUUGGCGGGUUUCAAAAGAACCCCAACCAACCUGCUGCUCCGGAACGGGCACGCCGGCGGCGGCAUGGAGAGAGAGGCGUCGGCUCCGGCGGUGGCAAGGAACAGGAAGGUGGUGCUGCGCGGGUACAUCGACCGCGCGCCGAGGGAGGACGACAUGGAGCUCGUCGACGGCGGCGACGUGGCGCUGCGCGUCCCCGGGGGCGCCGCCGGCCCCGCGGUGCUGGUGAAGAACCUCUACCUCUCCUGCGACCCCUACAUGCGCGGCCGGAUGCGGGACUUCCAGGGCUCCUACAUCCCGCCCUUCAAGCCUGGAUCACCUAUUGAAGGAUUCGGCGUGGGGAGGGUGGUCGACUCCACUCAUCCAGGAUUCAUUGCUGGUGAUUUUGUUUCGGGGAUGACUGGUUGGGAGGACUACAGUCUGAUCACCAAACCUGAACAGCUCAGGAAGAUUCAGCAAAGUGACAUACCGCUCUCUUAUCAUUUGGGCCUUCUUGGUUAGUUCCUUACCUAUGUUUGUUGUUCAACAUUUUA